AUGCGCGACAUCUUGACCCAAAUCCAGGAUGAGCUGGACAUGCUCCUCAAUCAAAUGGCAGCCGCUCUUCGCCAAAUAAGAGAGAAUGCGCCACCAAGUGUACCCCCAGGCCAACAGCGCCUCGAUAGUUUUGCCGAAUUGGAAGCCCGUGAAGCUGCGCAGCACAACACCGCAAACGAUCCUUCCCAGCCACCAUUUGCACCGCCCCCCAAACCCUCACCAGAGCAGUUUCAAGCAGAUAUCAAAGAGCUAGCACAGGACAUUACGCUCAAAGAGCAGCAAAUUGAAAAGUUGAUCGCACAUUUGCCAGGUCUAAACUGGAGUGAGAAGGAACAAGUAGAGAGAAUGAAGGAACUAGAGAGGCAGCUGGAAGACCUGGAGGGCGAUAGAGUCAAAGCAGUCAAAGAGAAGGAGAUGCUGAUGAAGAUGGUCGAAGAUAAGAUUGCAGGUGUGGGGAGGGUCCGAUGA